AGCAGGUAUAAGGGGUGGCCAGGAAGUAAGCCUCAUCCUUAGUGCCGAGAACAUGAGGCUUUCCUUCUGGUUCCUUCUGGCCGUGGUCUUGAGCAUGGAGCUAGCUGUAACACAGGGCCUGCGGUGCCACCUGUGCAAGGGUUUUGGAGGAUGUUCCCACCAGUCCAGCUGCCCAGGGAGCUCCACCCACUGUGUCAUCAUUGCCACCCGGUCUCCCAUCAGCUUUACAGACCUGCCUCUGGUGACGAAGAUGUGCUACAAUGGCUGCCCUGAUGUCCCCAGCUUGGGCUUGGGUCCUCAUGUAUCCAUCGCCUGCUGCCAGUCCAAUCUCUGCAACAAGGACUGACCACACUCCUCCACUACCAGCUGGCUCCACAGAACCAUACCAUGUCUCUUGCCCAGGCCUCGUUCUUAGAGAUUAUUCCAGCCUGGCCAGCCCAAGGCACCCCCAACUCAACUUCCUCAGAAGUUCUGAAGGAAGCCUUGUGUAAAUGCACCAUGGUACAUACUUAAGUCCCUAUCUGUGGGCCACAACAAAUCUCCCAAUAAAAUUGACCUG